AUCCAAUCCCAUCGCAACUAUCCAUCCACACAUGCACUAAAGUACUGACUCUCCAGGAUCAAGCUUAUUCAGAUUUUCGCCAACUGUGAACUUCGGCCCUUGAGGACCUGAUGCUUUGAACUUUGAAGACCGCCUCUGUUGACCUAUAAUACUAAGCGCUCAGCUACUGUUGAAUGGUACUCAGCUCGUCCAAGUGUGGAAAAACAGCACCUGAAUGGUCCUGUUACUGCAAGCUACAAUUCACAAUUGAAACUCUCAUUUGCGGUCCGGCUAUGACAGGGAGCGUGGCUUCCUUCACACGACCGGCGGACGGGGUCGAUUACUGCAAUCAUCAUUCUGCUUGUUGCUUCUCGAUAACAUAACAGCGGAACAUCUUAAUGCCACGGUGCAUGUGCUAAUUAUACUUCCUGUCUCAGUAAAGAACUCGGUGCUUGCGAGGAGGGGUAUAAAUAUUCCGGCAAUGUCUGUUGACUUGCAUUCGAGUACAUGUCUGCCACGAAGACUUCUCCUGGACCUUCCUCGACAUUUACUCGUCCUCCUUUCGAUGGAUCGCUUACUUAUCCGGAAAUAUUCGACUACAACGCACAGCACAGCCCAGACCAUCCUGUCUUCCAAUUCUAUGACCAGGACCAUAUUCAACAAAUCACCUGGCGCGAGGUCACCAAGGCUAUCCAUGCUGCCGGGCGUGUUGUUCUCGAUCACGUCGUUCGGACGGACUCCGUCCCGGUUGUAGGGGUCCUGGCAAAUGCUGAUAGCAUCACGUUUCUUACCGUUGUCUCUGGGAUCAUCCGUGCAGGGUACACUGCAUUCCCUAUCUCUACCCGCAACUCACCUGCAGCCAUCACUCAUCUGCUUGCAAGUACUGCAUGCAAACAUCUAUUUAUCAGUGCAGACCCCGCUAUGCAGGAAAUCGCCCGCAUGCAAGGUGGCAUAAACCUGAUUCCGAUGCCGACAUUUGAAGAUCUCUACUUGAAUAAUGACUCGGAACCGCUGCCGCAUGUGCGCCCCGACUGGGAACAAGCAGCGCUCAUUCUGCACUCUUCGGGAUCGACGCGGUUCCCUAGCCCGAUCGCUCACACGCACCGGUUUUACAUGAUGCAUGGAGUUUGGCUAUCUUACGGGGACAUGGAUGUUGGCGGACACGUUCUUUCCGCACACGGAUUACCUAUGUAUCAUCUCAUGGGAUAUUGGACAUUCAUGGUUGCUGCCUCGGAUGGCAUAACAGUAGCGCUCUUCCCUCCUACACUUCCGCCUAUCGUGCCAACACCGGAGCGUGUCCUGGAGGGCAUAACAACGUCGAAAUCCACGCUUGUAUUUUGUGUCCCGCACUUUUACGAGGCAUGGGCGCAGGAUCCAGUGGCCCCUCAAGUCCUAACAAAGGCCACAGUCGCAUUUUUUGCAGGCGGACCGCUUGCCAGAUCUGCUGGGGACAUAUUGGUAGCCAAGGGCGUACCACUUUGCAUCCUAUUCGGAAGUACGGAAACCACCUAUUCUGCCAAGUUGCUUCCCAAGGAGACACCUGCCGAAGGAUGGGAAUGGUUUGAAUGGGCACGGUAUAUCGAUUACGUCCUUCUCCCUGUCGAAGGAGAAGAGGAUAUGUUCCGUGUACUCAUAAAGGAAAAUCCUAAAACGGGAUACUCGCCAGCUGUCUUCAACACCACGGUAGAUGGCGUCAGGGCGUAUGACACCAAAGAUAUUUUUAUCAGGCAUCUUACUAAUCCUGAAAUGUUCAAGUCCUACGGAAGACAUGAUGACCAAAUUAUACAUAGCACUGGGGAAAAGACGAACCCUGCGCCAAUUGAACAAAUUAUUACUACUGACAAACGUAUUUCCGCGGCCGUAAUGUUUGGUCGGUCGAGAUUCCAAACGGGUGUGCUGGUCUAUCCAGCGCCUGGGUGUGAAUUUGACCCCGCCAACGAGAAAGACCUUGCUGACUUCCGUGCUCGUAUUUGGGACACGGUGUCGAGGGCUAACAGAGAGGCGCCGCAACAUUCGAGAAUCUUCAAGGAGAUGAUCAUUGUCACACAUCCAUCGAAACCGUUCACGUUUACCGUUAAAGGGACCCUUCGGCGGGGGGCUAUUCUGGAGGCCUAUAGCAAGGAGAUCGACGGGGCGUACGAAGCGGUUGACAAUAUCUCCCCAUCCAACAUUCCAGUUCCACAGAAAUGGAGCAUCGAUGAGAUUACUGAGUGGAUUCGGCGCAUCGUGCACACCCUUCUUUGCACCGAUGUUCAGAUCUCCGAUGAGCAGGACCUCUUUGCUCUCGGAGUCGACAGUCUCAUAGCCAUCGCAAUCCGCAACACGAUUGUCAGCACCCUCCGGAAAAACCACGUAAUCUCAAUGGAUGCCAUCCGGUCCCUACCGCAGAAUUUCGUUUUCAAUAAUCCUUCGACAUCUGUUUUAAGCGCCUUUGUCCACAAUGCUAUCGUUAGUUCCCAAGCCAACGGGAACACUCACACUGCUGAAGAAGAAGAACACGACGACGAUGAGAGUGAACCUGUAGUCUCGUUCACUAAACUUCCUGAAUCCGGCGAGACCGUCGUCAAACUGAGAAAAGGGAAGGGAGAACCACCGCUCAUUGUCUUUCAUGGUGGUGCGGGUCUUGCAUUUGACUUUAGGUCGUAUCCGGAGAAAUUUCGCACAGCUGUCUGGACUGUCCAAGUUACGCCGGAUGCGCCGAUGACGAGUCUGGAAGAUCUGGUAGCGUUUUACAGACGUAAAAUCAAGGAAGAACAACCUACUGGGCCAUACCGCUUCGCCGGGUACUCUGCGUCGUGCAUUCUCGCAUUUUUGAUCACGCAGGAAUUCGAACGCCAAGGCGACACCGUAUCGGCGCUUGCAAUGCUUGAUCUUUUCCCCUCUAUUUUUAUACACAUAAUCCCAACUGCCGAGCUUCCGAACCGCCGAGAGGAGUUCAUCGCUGCCAUGCUUAAGAUGAUGAUCGAUUUAACGGCAUGGGAUAAGAGCAGGAAUAGCUCUGUCGAUGGGUUACGCUCUGCUAUCAAUAGGACGGGGGGUUCGCCUAUACAGCGACUGGCGAUGGAUAUAGCGCAGAAGUUGGGGGGCAUGAUUAGUGAUUUUUGCCUUCGGCCUGAUAUAGAAGUGUGGAUGAGAAGCAUGAAGGAUGUCAAGGCUCCCAUUACGGUUUAUGUUGCUGAGGAGGGCGCGAGGCUUAUACCAAUGCCGGAAGAGGAGCAAGAGGAUCUGGGAGCUUCGCGUUGGGUUCCGGGAGCCAGAGUCGUGCGAGUACCUGGGGGUCACAUGGACUUUCUGGAACAUGACUUGGUUCUUGCAGGGCUUCAAGAAGGGUAUCUCUGACUUUGAUUCAUUUUCAGUAUCGUAUUCAGCUAGAUCGGUCACUAGAAUUGAAUCCAGAUUGUACUUUCGCGUAUAAACAAACUGUAUGACGAAAGGGCAGGAGCGUUGGCCUCAGUCACGAUCAGGACUUGAUAGGCUGCAAAGCCGGUUGCUUCGCCAUCUUC